CACACACUCACACACAUUCGCCCACCAAACCAAAAUAUAUCCUACAGACCGAGAAACAAUAAGCAUUGCUUUCUCUCUCUCUCUCGCCAUGGCUGCUUCUUCAUCUUUCUCUCUCUCCCAAGCGCUCCUCUCACACUCUCUUCCCACCCAUUGCUCAACCCAACAGCACUCCGACCGUCUUUGUCUCUCUGGCUUCAACCUCAGCUCUAUUUCCGGCACAAAACCAAACAAAUCCACUCUCAGACAAAUAUCACGCGCCGCGAACCCCAGACGUCGCGUGGCCUCACGAUCCACCGUGAAGGCCGCGGCCGUCGAGACCCUCGAAAAGACUGACAUCGCCGUGGUAGAGAAAUCGAUCAACACGAUCAGAUUUCUAGCAAUUGAUGCGGUUGAGAAGGCCAAUUCCGGUCACCCCGGUCUGCCCAUGGGAUGUGCUCCGAUGGGUCACAUAUUGUAUGAUGAAGUGAUGAGGUAUAAUCCCAAGAACCCGUAUUGGUUCAACCGUGAUAGGUUUGUGUUGUCGGCUGGACAUGGGUGUAUGUUGCAGUAUGCUCUGCUUCACUUGGCUGGCUAUGACAGUGUUCUGGAAGAAGACUUGAAAAGUUUCCGCCAGUGGGGAAGCAGAACACCUGGUCAUCCUGAAAACUUUGAGACUCCUGGCAUUGAAGUCACGACAGGCCCUCUUGGUCAGGGUAUUGCUAAUGCUGUUGGUUUGGCCCUUGCUGAGAAACAUUUGGCAGCUCGAUACAACAAACCAGACAAUGAGAUUGUUGAUCACUACACGUAUGUGAUACUCGGAGAUGGUUGCCAGAUGGAAGGAAUCUCAAAUGAAGCUUGUUCCCUUGCUGCACACUGGGGACUCGGCAAGCUGAUUGCAUUCUAUGACGACAACCACAUUUCCAUUGAUGGUGACACAGAAAUUGCAUUUACUGAGAAUGUUGACAAGCGCUUUGAAGGACUUGGCUGGCAUGUUAUUUGGGUGAAGAAUGGUAACACUGGGUAUGAUGAAAUCCGUGCUGCCAUUAAGGAAGCUAAGGCUGUCAAAGACAAACCUACUCUGAUCAAGGUAACAACUACUAUCGGUUUUGGGUCUCCUAACAAAGCAAACUCAUAUAGUGUGCACGGAAGUGCAUUAGGUGCUAAAGAAGUGGAUGCCACAAGGAAGAACCUUGGUUGGCCAUAUGAGCCAUUCCAUGUGCCAGAGGACGUUAAAAAGCAUUGGAGCCGCCAUGGCUCUGAAGGAGCUGCCCUUGAAGCUGAAUGGAAUGCCAAGUUUGCAGAGUACGAGAAGAAAUAUAAGGAAGAAGCAGCAGAAUUAAAGUCUCUUAUUAGUGGAGAAUUACCUGUUGGAUGGGAAACAGCACUUCCAACUUAUACUCCAGAAAGUCCUGCUGAUGCCACCCGAAAUCUCUCUCAGCAAUGCCUUAAUGCCCUUGCAAAAGUUCUUCCUGGCCUUCUUGGUGGUAGUGCAGAUCUCGCUUCCUCCAACAUGACGUUGUUGAAAAUGUUUGGUGACUUCCAAAAGGACACCCCUGAAGAGCGUAAUGUCCGGUUUGGUGUUAGGGAGCAUGGAAUGGGUGCCAUCUGCAAUGGGAUUGCGCUCCACUGCCCUGGUCUUAUCCCUUACUGUGCAACCUUUUUUGUGUUCACGGAUUACAUGAGGGCAGCCAUAAGGAUUUCUGCCUUGUGUGAAGCUGGAGUUAUAUAUGUGAUGACCCAUGAUUCUAUUGGACUUGGAGAGGACGGCCCCACACAUCAACCAAUUGAGCAUUUGGCAAGCUUCAGGGCCAUGCCAAAUAUCCUAAUGCUCCGUCCAGCUGAUGGAAAUGAGACCGCUGGUGCAUAUAAGGUUGCAAUUCUCAAUCGAAAGAGACCCUCUAUUCUUGCCCUAUCCCGUCAAAAGCUUUCUCAGCUUUCGGGAUCAUCAAUUGAAGGAGUUGAGAAAGGAGGGUACAUUAUAUCAGACAACUCUUCAGGAAACAAGCCAGACGUUAUCCUGAUUGGAACUGGCUCAGAAUUGGAAAUUGCAGCAAAGGCAGGUGAUGAGCUCAGGAAUGGAGGAAAGACUGUGCGGGUUGUGUCCUUUGUUUCUUGGGAGCUGUUUGAUGAACAAACUGAUGCAUAUAAGGAAAGUGUCCUGCCAGCAGCUGUAACAGCUAGGGUCAGCAUUGAGGCAGGAUCAACAUUUGGGUGGGAGAAAUUAGUUGGAAGUAAGGGCAAGGCGAUUGGUAUAGACCAUUUUGGUGCAAGUGCACCAGCAGGAAAAAUAUACAAGGAGUUCGGGAUUACUGUAGAAGCUGUAGUUGAAGCAGCCAAGGCAAUCUGCUAAGCCUGUUUAGUGAUAGUUUUUCCAUGUUUCCAUAGAUGACUAGGGAUGGUUUUGGCAAAGAUAGAAGAGGCUGUUGCUCGGAGAAUAAGAUGGAAUUAAAUGAAUAAAAAGGAGAAACAUGAUUCUCUUCUCUUUUAUUCCUCUUAUAUUAUCCUUGGUGGAUUUUCAGAGUCUCACUCAAGUCAAGAUUGAACGUCUCCUGAGAAGGGAAAACAUUCAUUGACCCAAGUGUUUUAGAGCUCCCAAUAGAUGUAUUUUGGCAUCGUUAUGUUUUGAAAGGUUCAUCCUGAGUAGGCUUUUACUAUGUCAUGUUUCUAUUGUGCCUUUGGUUCAGGAACUUGCCUAUGACAAUUUCACUUCUUGGGUUUUUUUUUUCUCUUUUAUUUAUUUGAGGGAUGGUUUUAAUGUUAUCUGAAACAUUUUUUGGAGUGGAGUUGUGGUGAAUUGAAUUUUCAUCAGUGGGUUGAAGCCAGUCAUUGAGGCUAAGGCAAUCUUUUUCAUGCAUGGUGGGGAGGUCCCACCAAGCCAUGAUCUUAUUAGCUAAGGGGAUUUGUUGAUGACUUUGUGGCUGUUGAAGCUGCUGUCACGGCCUACUUAUCCUCUUUGUUUUCCUGCUUUAGAGGCAUCUUUUCGAAGGAAUAUCCAAUCAAUGUUCGACGAAAAAAAUAUCUCCAAAAAUCAACCAAAAAAGCCAUUGUAACAUAGCUGCUAAACUUAUUGUCACUGUAACUCACUCAGCCCACGAAUGGGGG